AUGGCGACCGCCGUCCUCUCCGCAGCGUUUCGAUUCCCGAUAGUUACCCGCCGACUCUCUGCUCCGGCGCCGCGAAUUAGGUUUUAUCAUUCUACGAUCCGAUUUGCUCAUUUCCGAAGAUUCACAACGGCUUCUCCUUCAAUGAGCCAGCAGACUGGCGAAAUCGAUGCCGUCGUCGAUGCUUCGUCGGCGGAGAAACCCGACGACGUCGUGGUGCAAUACGUUGUGCUUCGACGAGAUCUAAUCGAUUCGUGGCCACUUGGGAGCGUUGUAACACAAGGAUGUCAUGCGUCAGUGGCAGCGAUCUGGUCGUUCAAAGACGAUCCGGUCACGCUUCAGUACUGUGAUCCGCAGCACAUUGAUUCUAUGCAUAAGGUGACUCUGGAAGUUAAAGGGGAAACGCAGAUGAUGAAUUUGUCAGAGAAGCUGAAAUUAGGAGGAAUCUCUCAUAAGCUAUGGAUGGAGCAGCCGGAGAAUAUUCCGACGUGUAUUGCUACAAAGCCUUAUCCUAAAUCCCAAGUCUCUUCUUUCUUCAAAAAGCUCAAGCUUUGCAAAAACACGAUACACAAAGCAAGUCAGAGAUUUGGAUAUAUGUACAUAUAG